GCAUCUCCUCUCCCCGAGCGCAAACAGCGUAAAUCCGUCGCUUUCGAUACAGAACAAAUAGUAGUCGACGCCGACGGCUCAGUCACAAUGGUCAACGCUACCGACGAACCCAAGGAGACAGCCCAGUCGCACACGCCUCCCGGAGCCGAGGAUGCGACCACCCCCGUCCCCGAUGCCACCGAAGACGGUGGCCUCGACCUUACCAUGAAGAAGAAGAAAAAGAAGAAGGUCGCUAAGGAGGGCGAUGAUGCCGAGGAGGCCCCCGCUGGCGAAGACGGUGGUCUGGACCUGACCCUGAAGAAGAAGAAGAAGAAGAAGGUUCCCAAGGAGGGUGAGGAGGACGACUUCGCUGCCAAGCUCAAGGCCCUGGAUCUCGAGGGCAAGGAGGGUGAAGCUGGUGAGGCCCCCGCCGCUGGCGAGGCUGAUGAGGGUGACAUGGACGCCGGCACCGGCAUCUGGCAGCACGACGAGACCAAGGCCCUCAGCUACAGCCUGCUGCUCAACCGCUUCUUCCACCAGCUGUCCCAGAAGAACCCCGACCACGCCCUGAGCGGCUCCAAGAGCUACAAGAUCCCUCCCCCGCAGUGCAUGCGCGAAGGCAACAAGAAGACCAUCUUCGCCAACAUUGCCGAGAUCUGCAAGCGCAUGAAGAGAACGGAGGAGCACGUGACCGCUUACCUGUUUGCUGAGUUGGGUACCAGUGGUUCCGUUGACGGAAGCAGACGUCUCGUUAUCAAGGGUCGUUUCCAGCAGAAGCAGCUCGAGAACGUGUUGCGCAAGUACAUUAUCGAAUACGUCACCUGCAAGACCUGCAAAUCUGCCGACACCGAGCUGUCGAAGGGAGAGAACCGUCUGUACUUCAUCACCUGUAACUCUUGCGGUUCCAGACGUUCCGUCACUGCCAUCAAGACCGGUUUCUCCGCCCAGGUCGGAAAGAGAAGAAAGAUGCAGGGUUAA